UGGUCAUACAAAUGAUUCAAAAUAUUUGCAACGCCGAAUGAAGAGUGAAGUGCAUUAAAACUGAAGGUGUUUAUUUAUUGGUGUUGUUGGUGCGCACUUGUCACCUUUUGUAUCUUUUCAUAAUUCAAAACCUGGAUCUCCUAGACAGUUGCCAAAAGUUGUGGUCAGUUUUAAGACUCCUUAGGGUAUUGCUAAUAACGAAAAGAAGUCAGCAUGACUGGUGGAAACAGCACUGAAAAAUCAGCCAAUAAUCCUUUAGAGCAGUUUGUAUUGCUUGCAAAAACUGCAAAAGGCGCUGCUGCCAUAGAACUGAUAAGGCAAGCUGUUGAAACACCUGGCGUUCAUGUUUUUGGUGAAUUAUUGGACAUGCCAAAUAUCAAAGAGUUGGAGAAUGGACCUUAUGUUCAAUAUUGGAAUACAUUGAAUCUGUUUGCAUAUGGCACCUAUAAAGAUUAUUUGGAAAAUAAAGAGAAAGUAUUAGAAUUAACACCUACGCAAAAAAAAAAGCUUCAACAUCUUACAAUUGUCACUCUUGCCACAAAAAACAAAUGUAUACCUUAUUCGGUUCUGUUGGAAGAGUUAGAUAUAAAGAAUGUCAGAGAUCUAGAGGAUUUGAUUAUCGAAGCAAUAUAUGCAGACAUAAUUCAUGGAAAAUUGGAUCAAAAAAACUCACAAUUAGAAGUAGAUUAUGCCGGUCUAGGACGAGAUGUUCGACCAGGUGAUACCGGUGUAGUAGCUGAAACCUUAGCUGCUUGGGGUGAAGCGUGCGAUACAGUUUUAUCUUGUAUCGAGGAUCAAAUAUCUAGAGCUAAUGUUGAGAAACAAAAAGCUACUUAUCACAAAGAAAGAAUACAGAGAGAUAUUACUAAUAUAAAGAAAUCUCUCGCGGCUCAAGCAGGAGGUAGUAACAUUCAAGAAGCUGAUGUAGCUGGCGGUAGUUCUGGCGCAGGAGGAAGCGAAUCGAGUAGAGAAGCCAUGCCGGUGCUGUCGGAAAAGAAGAAGUUACAGAAGGUCAAAUGUAUCAAAGUCAGUGGUUAAUGCAACUUGUAUUGAGAUGGACCAAGUGAAGGGGAGAACUUAUGUAUCGACUUAAAGAAUAUUACAAGUAAACGCGAUAUGAAAUGAUACGCUUUUGCGAGAGCUUGCAGUUAAACGUGCCACAUAAACUGCAGCUACGACUGACUUUAUGUUGCACGUUCCCGCAUCGCUGAAUGAGCAAUCCCAUUUGUUCGUACCAAAUGGCACAAUAAGAAAUGCAGUAUAUUAGAAAGCUUUAUAAUAUCUUUUUCUAUCUUUCUUCUUCUCUCUCUCUUUCUCUCUCUCCUCCCCAUCCCUCCUUCUUACUCCUCUCUCUUUUUCUCCCACUCUUUCUCUCUCUUUUCCUCUCAUUUUGUGUUUUUAAUCUUUUUAAAUAAAAUUGUUAAGUAUUUUGCAAAGAAAAUUAUAAAUUGUCGGUUGAUGUAUGUAUAAAAAU